AUGACCCUAACAACCACCCUCCUCACCCUCCCCCUCCCGCCCCCCAUCACCACCAGUUUCACAACCGCCACCUCCACCACCGCCCACCCAUUCCUCUCCGCCGCCGCAGCCGGCACGCUCCCCAAACCCCGCCUCGCGGCCUGGCUGGCCCAGGACCGCCUCUACAUCCACGCCUACAUCCGCUUCAUCGGGGCGCUGCUCGCCAAGCUUAACCUCCCACUGCCGGUGUCCCAGCCUCACGCAAACCAAACCACCACCGACCAAAACGAAACCAAAACCCUCGAAUCCCAAACCCUGCACACCCUCACGGCAGCCCUGAACAACAUCGUCCGCGAACUCGACUUCUUCGUCGCCGUCGCCGACGAAUACGCCCUCGAUCUGAACACGCCGUUUCAGGCCCCCCAAUCCGAACCCGGGGAAGCAGCAGCACCAGCAGCAGCACCAGCAGCACCAGCAGUAGGCACCUUCACCGCCUCCCCCAUAACAACCGCGUAUACGGAUCUCUUUAUCUCGGCGGGAUCGGCAGGGACGUCCUUGCUGGAGGGGUUGGUCGUGCUCUGGGCAACGGAGGUGUGUUAUCUGACCGUCUGGCGGAAUGUGCGGGAGGCGAUGCCGCAGGAAAAGAACGGGGGGGAUGCGGAUGGGGGUGCGUUGCGCGAGAAGUUGAUUCCCAAUUGGACGUGUGCCGAGUUUGAGGAGUUUGUGGAGGGGAUUACGCGCCUCGUCAACGCGGUGGCGGAGCGUGAGGUGCAGCAGAGUUCGGCGGGCCCGGAGAAGGCGUGGGAGGAGGUGGUCGAGCGGUGUGCGCGGUGGUGGAGGCAGGUGGUUUGGUUGGAGGGGCAGUUUUGGCCGGAGAUUUAGAUUCGAGGACGGGGUUGUUCUCGGGGGCUUGGUGAUGUAUGUGUACAGUAGCUUCUAGAGGGAUGUAUGUAUGUAUGUAUGUAUGUGAUGGACAGGGUCGACAUGUAAAUAGGUAUGAGCAGAUAUGAAUGAGCAUCAAA